ACAAUUGAUGACUUUCUAGCUGUGUGAUAUCCCCUCAGUCCACAGCCAACUGCACAGCAGCCAACAUGUCUCCUUCAAUGAUAGUUUUUAUCUUUCUGAAGCUUUUCAUGGUAGAAAUUCAAAGUAGUUUUGGGGACAUAUCUCACAGUAUGGUUGCUUUUGUUCAAUAUUCUGAAUGUUCUGCUUUUCAAACUCCGCCAGUUAACACGGGAGAGUACCAGGUACGAACGAAGACGGGAUGUGCCAGGAUAUGUUCUGAAGACAGUGCUUGUGUGGCUUACAGCGUUUCUGGAGCUCUAUGCCGGACACACGAUGAAAUGUUCCAGACCGGAGAAUGCUACAGUGGAGGCUGGAAACACUAUACUAUUCGUAAACGUUGCACGAAUGAUGGAAACAAGUGUAAAUGCUAUGGUGGAUAUGUUGGGGAUGACUGUGAACGACUAAUGAUCGAUUGUUCUGAAGGUGUUGCAAGUGGUCAUUACGAUGGUGAAGAGGGACUCUUCUUCAUUCAUCCAACUCUAUCUACCGAACCCUUCCGGGUGUGGUGUCGAAUGAGUUGGGGUGGAAACACAUACAUACAAAGACACACUAACUCCACUGACUUCAACCGUUCAUGGCAAGAUUACAGAGAUGGGUUUGGAGACCCAGCCAAGGACUUUUGGCUUGGCAAUGACAAGAUAUCCUCCAUUGUAAAUGGUCGCCUUCACCGACUUCAAUUUGACCUCUCAGAUGUGACUUCGAGCUUCAGACAGCGGAUAUAUACUCAAUUCCAGAUAGAUUCGGGAAAUAAAUAUUCCUUUUCAUAUGCGUCCAACUGGGGAAGUUCAAAUUCCAUUAACAAUGCUGGGGAUUGUCUGGGUGAACUGCAAGGACAGCCUUUCUCUACGUAUGAUGCGGACCAUGAUGACAGUCCUCAGAACUGCGCACAGGAACAUCAGUCUGGAUUUUGGUUCAAGGCGUGCACAUCGUGUAACCCAAACGGUGUUUGGUCUGAAACCCCCGAUGGCCAAAGAAGUGGCAUCCCUGAAGAAAUGUUCUGGACCCCAUAUAUUGGUAAUAAUCUGCUGAGUGGAUGUGCAAUGUUUGUAACAGCCGAAUAAUUCUGAAUGUUAUUGUCGGCAUUGUUAUCAGGUUAAUUGAUGGGCACCUUCUGACAUUUAUGUUUUGACAAUAACUGUGAACGUUUGGACGUCUCCAUGACGUCUUCACGACGUCAUAUCAUUCAAGGGGGCGGAAUGUAUCUUACAGUAGGUUGAUAACACAUGAAAAUGAGUGCUAAUAUAUAUUUACAGUGAUCCUUAUGAUGUGUACAUUACCUAUCAGUUUAGUCCUGUGUCAUCAUAUGAACUGUUUCCCCACUGCGGAGUGUGUUGUACUACCCUGAUAACGUUAAUAAAGCUUAUGGCCAGUUAA